AUGCCGACAGCCGCCGCGACGACUCAACAAAACAACAGCAAUGUUACGAGAUCCAGGGCCGGUUCAGCCAGUGAACCUGGCGUGGCCAGUCUUAAGGAGAUGCAGUCUAUCAUGGCCGCCCUGUGGUGGUUUUUGCAGCCUGUGCUAUUUUGUCUGAUCGUCCAAGUUAUCUUCUGUGCUGCAGUAAUCCGGCUGUUCACCAGAUUCUGUGCACCGACUAAACGCAUCUACCUUCUGACUGAACGCACCAACGAAACGACUAAACUCACCGCCAAACAUCGAAUCUUUGCUGCUAUUGCGUGGAUGCCCAAGGCCUCGGUACAGGCCGCCAUUGGCGGACUGGUUCUUGACGCAGCUCGCCAACCUGGCCAGAGUGAAUUCACUGAACGGGGUAUACAGGUAAGACCUGUUAGGGCAAAAAGCGGCCAGUUGCGUAUGUUAACAGAGUUGCAGUGA